GUUGCAUUUAAAUUUUACCAUGGACAAGGAAAUAUUAAAUCGAGGCAAAGACAUAGAUAUAAAGAUGAAAACCUCAAAAUUUGCCUCAAAAUUACACUAUAAGUCAAAAAGAAAGAUUGCUCAUGGAUCUAAAGCGAAGAUGCCGAUUACAAGUAAAUUCAAGGGUAAAAUAAAUAAAUAUGAAAUAAAGACAGGCAACUUGAAUCAUGCCAUCCAGGAUAACCUAAAUUCUGGGAUUAAUGGGAGAAACUUUAACUCUAAUACUCCUAGCAAUAUGAUGGCGACCAAUAAUAUGCUGAACCUUCAAAGCAAUAUGUCAAAAGACAUUAUGCAGCAACUAGCCAUAAAAUAAGCAAAUUAGGAUGAAUAGUGAAGAGAAACUAAUGGCAAAGAAGAUAGAACAGGCUAAUAACAACAAGCUCAAUAAACAGAAGUCAUCCAAACUAGCCAGAAUCGGAAGUGGAAAUGAUAGAAAGAAGCAAUCUGGGUUGAAAAAGAACUCCACUCAAUAUAUGGCCUCCACUUCAUCAGGCCUCAGCCAUAGGAUUAAGGAUAAACCUAAUGAGAAAUAUACUAAGUAUACCCAUACCAAGAAGCUAGUCAAUAGGCAGAAUAAGAAGCGGAUAGGGAGUCCAACUGCUGAGAGUGACAAGCAGAAUGAAGACAAAACUUACUACAAAAGAGAGAAAGGCAAGAUGAAAAAGAAAAAUUUGAGGAUUGGUUCUGACAACAAUAGAAAAGACCCCCUAAAUCAUUAUCCAUUUCCCUUGACUCCUUUAGAGAAGGCUGCUAAGAAACCUAUCGAUAUUGACGAUGACCUCGGUGUUGUCAAAAGCCAAAGUACCAGAAAUAAGGGAAAGAAAUCAGUAGAUUUCUUGGGUAAGCAGUAUCCAGAUCCUACAAAAAUAAUUCUACCAAAUCAUGAGCCUACUAAAUGAUCUGUAAAGCGAAACGGAGUUGUAAAAGCAUAUGGGGCUAACACUAAUCAAGGAAUUGUAAGAAACUACAAUGAAGAUCGGGUCUCGAUCAUUCUCAAUAUAAUGAAACCUCCAAAUAAAACUGAAAUUGAGUACUGGCCCAAAUGCUCUUUCUUUGGAGUCUAUGAUGGUCAUGGAGGGUCCAAUUGUGCUGACUUUUUGAGAGAUAACCUUCAUCAAUUUAUCAUUAGAGACGAGUCCUUCCCAGACUACCCAAAGGAAGCCAUCAAGAGUGCAUUUGCUAAAGCUGAGAAAUGCUUCUUAGAAAUGGCAGAAAUUGAUGCGAUAAGAACUGGUGAUUUCUCACUCUUAGAUAAAUCAGGCUCUUGAGCUAUCUGAUGACUAAUAGUUGAGGAUAUGUGAUAUGUUGCAAAUGUUGGAGAUAGCAGAGCCCUCAUGUCGGUUGAUGGAGGAGAGAAAAUAUAUCCACUUUCAAGAGACCACCGACCUACAGACGAAAUUGAGCAGAAAAGAAUCAUAGAGUCUGGUGGAAAAAUAUACCAGACUCAAACCUUAGCCAAGAUUCCUGGAAUAGGAGGUCUUGGAAUGAAGAGCCAGUACUUAUUAGGCCCUCAUAGAGUUCUACCAGGCAGAUUAUCGGUGUCAAGAACAUUUGGUGACAUUGAAGCCAAACUUAAAAAGUAUGGAGGAAACCCAAAUGUUGUUAUUGCAAUUCCAGAUAUAAAAGCAUUUAGAAUCCAGCGAGAUCAUGAUUUUAUUAUGAUAGGCUGAGAUGGAAUUUUUGAUAAACUUUCUAAUAGAGAUGUUGUAAACUGAUGAUGGCACACAGUCAACAAUCAAAGAGCAGGGAAUGUUCAUAAACAAUGCGGCAAAGCCAUCGACUUAGUUCUCAAGGCAUCUAUAGCUAAGAGAACUUUAGACAAUAUUACAGUAGUCAUGAUAGGGUUCGCUCAUUUUAAGAAGCUUGCUUUUCCAUCUUCAAUGCCUGAUAAUAAAGAUGAAGCUAGAAAUAUUGAAUCUAGGGGAGGUAGUGCUUUAGGGAAUCAUGAUAACCCACCAAAUUAUAAAACCUUGUCAAGCAAUAACAAGGAAUUUGAAAGUGAAGAAGAAAACAAGGGCGGACUCAAUGGACGAAAAUCAGAAGAGCCUCCAGACAGAAUUUCAUAUAAAACUAAAUAGGAUUGAGAGUGGGAAAAGAGAUGAAAAUACGUCACCUGACCAUGCUAAAAAGAAUGUAAAAAUUAUCCCUAAAAAUAAGAUAUCCCAUCAACCAGAAAAGCCAGUUCAACUCAUUAUGAAGGUUGGCAAUUUAUUUUUAUCAAAUGUAAAUCAGAAUCUACCCAAUAAAGAGGUUGAAGAGAACGAGUAUGAUUCCAAGGAUCCUGCGAAGUAUUCUAAAACAAUGCCUCAACUAAAACUCGAAUCUGAAAGGAUCUCUCCAUCUCCUGACCUCUCAAAGCAUGCCAAUAUAAAACAGCCCAAGAUGGUACUAAAUAAAGAAAGUGAAAAGGACUUUAUCUCGAAAGUGACUAACCAGGCCUCUGUAGGAGUCUACAAAUACAGAACUUUUGGGUCUAAACUCUCAUCAACUCCUUCUCACCUAAAGAGCCAGACGCCUAGAGACUCUCGGCACAUAGGCUUGAGUAACUCCCCGCAGCACAGGUUUGGCACCAAGCCUGAUUCCGCUUCUAGGAAUCCUAACCAAGGCCAGCCAUAAUUUUUCAAUUUAAAAAUGAA